AUGGAUGACCACUUCAACCUCCUCGACUCACCCUGCUCGAUGAGACUCAGAGGCAACAACGUUGAGAACCACCGUUACUCAGAGACGGAGAAGGGCGUAAUUACAGUUGAGAAUAUGUUGGAGUCAAUGGCGCUUUCGAGACACCUGUCUGUGGAUCGAUAUGAGCAAGAGCUCGGCUGCGAUAGGGUGGUUAUCAACAUUUCAGGUUUACGCUUCGAAACUCAACAAAAAACUUUCAAUCAGUUCCCCAAAACGUUGCUCGGGGACCCGAGAAAGAGGAUGCGUUACUUUGACCCACUGAGGAACGAGUAUUUCUUCGACAGGAACCGACCCAGCUUUGAUGCCAUUCUCUAUUAUUACCAGUCAGGAGGGCGCAUCAGGAGACCUGUUAACGUGCCCAUUGACAUCUUCUCUGAGGAGAUCAAUUUCUAUCAACUCGGGGAAGAUGCUAUGGAAAAAUUCCGAGAGGAUGAAGGAUUCAUAAAAGAAGAGGAACGUAUUUUACCAGAUAAUGAAUUCCAAAAGCAGGUUUGGCUUUUGUUUGAGUACCCUGAAAGCUCUGGGCCAGCUAGGGGAAUAGCCAUAGUCUCCGUGCUUGUAAUUUUAAUCUCAAUUGUUAUAUUCUGUUUGGAGACCUUGCCUGAGUUUCGGGAUGACAGGGACCCUGUCACUGUGGCAUUUACAGUCAACGGGACAGCCCCCUACCACGUAAAUCCAUUCACCGACCCUUUCUUUGUGAUAGAGACACUUUGCAUAAUAUGGUUCUCUUUUGAGUUGCUGGUCAGGUUCUUCGCGUGCCCCAGCAAAUCCACGUUCUCAAAAAACAUAAUGAACAUCAUCGACAUUGUCGCCAUAUUUCCAUACUUUAUCACGUUGGGGACAGAACUGGCUGAGAAGCAGGGUAAUGGUCAGCAAGCCAUGUCCCUGGCCAUUCUCAGAGUGAUAAGGCUCGUGAGAGUCUUUCGCAUCUUCAAGCUCUCCAGGCACUCUAAGGGGCUACAGAUUUUAGGGCAGACAUUAAAGGCCAGCAUGAGGGAACUUGGACUGUUGAUAUUUUUCCUUUUUAUUGGAGUUGUCCUUUUCUCAAGUGCUGUUUACUUUGCUGAGGCCGAUGACCCGUCAUCCAGUUUUACAAGCAUCCCAGAUGCGUUUUGGUGGGCUGUGGUCACCAUGACUACUGUCGGAUAUGGAGACAUGCACCCUGUGACCAUUGGUGGCAAAAUUGUUGGGUCAUUGUGUGCUAUUGCCGGAGUGUUGACUAUUGCUCUCCCUGUGCCAGUUAUUGUCUCCAACUUCAAUUACUUUUAUCAUAGGGAGACUGAUGGAGAAGAGCACGCACAGUACUUGCAUGUCAGCAGCUGCGAGCACCUACCCUCAGCCACAGAUGAGCUGAAAAGGACUCGUAGCACCUCAUCUCUGAGCAAGUCGGAAUAUAUAGAAGAGGGCAUCAACAGUGGGUAUAAACACCCCAACUUCACCAAUGAGAAUAUCCAAAACUGCGUGAAUAUCAAAAAGAUAUUCACGGAUGUGUAAAUGCUUUCACUUUAUAUGGAGUAUGAUGAUGGAGAGAAUACAGUUGCGAUUACAAUUUUUUUCUAUGAUGGCUAAUCGUGAUGUGGCGGUGCAUACUGUAUCUGUCAGGUGGAGUGUGCACCGCUAUAGUGUACCACACAGGUUCAAACCUACUGUGAUCUUUCGAUUCGUCCUUGAGUCAAAAACAGGUAUUGAUGUUCGGUAGUUCGAUAGGUUGUAGGCCUAAGUGUUGCAUAUUUACCCCCGAAUCGAAACAGAGUUGUUGUUGUGUUUUUUUCAGUGGGAAAGUUCGUUGGCUUAUCAGUGUUCAGUGUUAUUGUCAUGAAUAGCCAUAUAAUCUACAAUGUCUGUAUGAUGUCGCUUUCAUCGGAUGAUGACAUAGGCUAUGCCUGACUGAAUGGGGCAACCUAUGCGUAAUCAAAAUAUAAUGGACAUAACAUAGACUGCACUAUGAGAGCAGACUGAGUAUUGUUUAGGUUUAGGCUCUUAUUGUUAUGAUCUGAUACUAAAGGGAAUUUAGGCCACGUAUUUGUUUUAUUUUUACAAUGUUACUUUUAGAAUUACAGCUUCAAGCCUAUACAAUUUUUUUUUUUUUUUUAAGAAAUGAAAGAAUCAAUACUUUGGAAUGUCAUUGAUAAAAUACCUCCAUAUAAUCUAAAUGUAUCAUUACGCAGUACAUAGGCUAAAAUAUUUUGUAUAGCCUACAGUUGAUAGUGGUACUAAUCCUUGGUAAUCUAUGUAUCUGAUUAAAAUUCGA